UUUUAUGACACUUUUUAUUGUUUUUGUUUUUAGUGGGUUUGCACUAGAAAAAGUUAUGAGAUGACAUAAUGUUUAAAAUUUAUUAUAAUGUAUUUUGGUUCACAAAAUCACGUUUUCUAAACCCAUAUACCCAUCAUUCGAUUCAACAUAAUUAAAAUUUGUGAGUUUGUGACUGAUAAGAUUAGUAGUAGUAUAUAGUGACAAUUAAUGCCAUCCUAGUUGCAUCCUUGAUUUUAUAGGUUGGUCAGGUGCUUUUGGAGGUUCAUCACAUGACAAUAUCUAACCACACUGAAACAAUUUUCUAUUGUUAUUUAUUCCUCGUAAAAUUUAUUGGUUCUGUGUUGCUUUUGGCUUCCCCAAUAAAAAUUGACCUUAAGCUUAUUUGUUGCCCCACUACCUUGAAGUCUCUCUCCUCCUUAAUAUAAGAUAUUAUUCCUAAAACCCUGCUUUGGUUGAGAUGAGACUCGAGACUUGUGUGGAAGGUUAGUUUAGUUGUUACAACUUUCAAGUGUGGCUUUCUUUCAACUCAGAUUUGCCUGUGACUCAGAACAAGACUUAGAAAUGGGAAAACUACGGAGGGUGUUGGAUACCUUCUGUCUUUCUUUUGGUUCAAACACCUGUUUCUGCAUGAACUCCAUGGAGUUUGAAGAUGAGUUUGAGAAAAAGCCCUUGAUUGUAAGUGACAGUGAUCAUAAACUGAGAUUGAAGGAUGUUGUAGGUGGAAAGCAGACAUUGGCUUUUCAAUUGAAACCACAGAUAGUGACAUUGAGGGUGUCCAUGCAUUGCCAUGGCUGUGCAAAAAAGAUUGAGAAACAUAUCUCAAAGUUGGAAGGAGUGAGCUCAUAUAAGGUGGAUUUGGAAACAAAAAUAAUAGUGGUUAUGGGCGAUAUUCUUCCCUCUGAAGUGUUGCAGAGUGUAUCUAAGGUGAAAAAUGCAGAGCUUUUUAAUUUUCAAGCUAGUAAGGAAUAAUUUUGGACGCAACAUCCAUCUUCAUCAGAUUCAAGUUCAACAAAGAUAUAUGUUGAAACAGAAUUAAGGAGCUCUUAUUUUCUAUGUGCUUUUUGGUGUUGUAUAUAGUUUAUAUCAUGUUAAUACCUAUUGCCAAGCUCCAGAAAUUGUCGUGCAAGAAAGAAAAGUUAAAAAAACAGAAGUGUUACUAUUAAUGUUUCUCUAUCUAGGAGACUUGAUAUAUAUGUUUUAAGUUUUAACACAUUUGUGAAGGUGCUCAGAUGUAAGCCAUUACCAUUGGGAAUUAAAAUUUUCACGUCUGUUUGACCAA